AUGCUUGACUACUUCGUUGCCAUUGGCGUGGCCCUGGCGGGGCUGUUGGUGGUGUACUAUGUGUUCCAGAGCAUCAGCAGGUCGGAGGUGGUGACGGUCGCGGCCCCGAAGCAGCAGCGGUCACGUGCGCGAAAGGCGCCGAAGCCACCUCGCCGCGACGACGCGGCGCUUGACCGCGCGACGGAGGCGCUCAUCGCCCGCGAGGUCGCACGCAACACCACCUCCAUGCGCGCCGACGUGCGCGACGUCAGGCCGGUGUCGCUCGAGAAGGUGCAGCGUAAAGCGGCAGCCGGCAAAAACAAACGGGUGGCGCCGACCGCCACGCCCACGAACACCGCGAAGCAGAAGCUGAUCGAUGAGAUGGGGUUCCAGCAGGUGGGGGAGCAGCCGAAGCCGCGGAGGAACACGUCGCCGCAGCAGCAGCGAGAGCCGCAGGUGGGCAUGGAGGAGGAGCUAAGCCGCAAACUUGGUCUCUUCUUCAGCAACGGCCGAAAGGAGAAGAAGGGGUUCAAGCUCAACCUGAAGGAGGAGCAGGCAGCGAACUCCACAAGCAAUGGUGUCCACGUUGUUGUGAAGAAGGAUAUUAGUAAUGCCCGAACUUGGUAA